AUGGAGGCUUGGUUUCAGCUCCAGGAGAACCAAGGCGACUUCUCCUCAGAGAAAUCCUACCCGGUGUACGAUCUGGCCUCGGACCCUGGCUACUUCAGCGCAGGCCUAUCUCCCGCUUCCUCCGAGGAGUCCUUCUCCCCUAACCUGGCGGACGCUUUGGAAUCCUUCUUCUUCAGCGGUCAAGCUCCGACGCCUGCCAAGAAGUCCCGAUCCAGGUACCAGGGCAAGAAGCGGCAAACGGCAAGCGAGCGGGAGAAGUUGAGGAUGAGGGACCUGACCAAGGCUCUACAUCAUUUGAGGUCCUACCUACCUCCUUCGGUAGCUCCCGCGGGACAAACCCUCACCAAAAUUGAGAUCCUGCGCUUGACGGCGCGCUACAUCUCCUUCCUGUCGGCCCAGCUUGGCCUCAGCGAGGAGGUGCUAGAGCACGGAAGGAGACCCUCGGGUCAGGUGGAGACACCUCAAACCCUCAGCCAGUUCCUGGGUCACCAUGAAGCACCUUGCGAUGCAACCACCACCGUCCAGAUGUUCACCCCACACGCUAGCAGUCGGUUUCCGAGCAACACGUCCUUGGAAGCGCCGCAGUACUGGUUGCCACAGCAACAGCAUCACAACUUCUAG